AUGGCGGCUAAGCGGCUAAAAGGACUUUAUUUUGUAAACAUUGCUGCAGCGACAGCCGAAUUAAAUGGACCGACAGCUUUGGUGGACCUGAUAACGGCAUACAUAUUCCAGCGGCUGGUCAGGGCUUGUGAACAUGACUCAAGAAAUACGGUUGACACAAUAACGGGGUCCACUGAAGUCGUCGGAAAAACGGUUAAACGUAGCCACCGCGCUUACAUCAUGCGGCCUUCGCAGAUUUCUUUAAGUCAGCCCGCCGUGGAUUUGGACCAUAUAUUCUCGACCCGCGCCCAAUUUUACGGUGCGAUGGCCGCUAAGCGGCUAAAAGCUCUUUACUAUGGCAACAUUGCUUCUGCGAAAGCGGAAAGCCAAGUGCCAAAUGAUUUGGUAGACGUGCAAAUACCAGGGUCUACGUUCCGGUCGCAACCUGCAGUGUAA